AUGAAUCUUGAACCAAAUGCAUUUCAACAGCUGCUUCAUCAUCUUGUUUUUCUUAUUUUUCUCCUUUUCCUCCUCCUCCUCCUCCUCAUUGCUCCUACUCUUUUGACUUCUUCUUUGCCCCAUCCAUCAUCUUACUACUACUUCUCUUCCUCCUGUCACCACCACCAGCACCACCUUUUUCUCCUCUUUUUCCUUCUACUUCAUACUAUUACUACCUCUCCUCCUCCACCUUCUCCUUCUUUUCCUACUCCUAGUUCUUCAUACUUCUACUUCUCCUACUCCUCCACCACACCUUCAUAUUCUUCUUACCCCUGUUUCUUCUCCUCCUCCUCCCCACCUCCUUCUAAUCCUACUGCUUCAUCGCAUUCUUCCUCUUUUUCUCUUCCUCAUCCUCCACCUUCUUUUUUCUCUCCCUCCUCCCCCUACCAUUUUUCUCAUUGCCUCUUUUCAUUUCCACCUGAUUCCACCCAUAGCCUUUUAUGA